AUGACGCCCAUCCCCGUCGCCCCGCACGACCCCCCCACUCCCUCUCGUUCUCCAUCGUCGCCGAGCACCCCACGCCCGAUCCCUUGCCGCGCCGGAGCCCCACCUCGCCCGCGCGACCGCGCCCGAGGAACUGUCGCCUACCGCCGACCCCCAGCGCCCGAGGACGACCCCGCCGUCACUUCUCGCCGCCACCUGGAGCUCCUCCGCCUCGACUCCGUCGACGCACGCGUCCCCGUCCUCCUCCCCGACGACCUCCCUCGAGCCUCGUCGUCCCCUGGUCUCUACUCGACCGUGAGGAGCCCAACCCCUCUCUUCUCCCCUCUGCUCCCUACCCCCCUGGCCACCGCGCUGCCCACGCCCGCGGCCGCCGUCGGGCUUCCGCGCCCGCGGUCACCCUGA